AUGGCCGGCCAGCUCGCUACUGUUUCUUCGUUUGUCAUCUUCCUCUUCCUCUUUUCUGCUCCAAGAUCUUCCAGUCCUUCACAUGCAGGACCAGUAACCUUUCCGAAAGGAGUUAACGGAGGAGUUUAUUGUCUUGCUUGCACGGCGGUUGUGGCACUUACAGAACAGCUGAGCGUUAUUCACAAUGAGACUUUCGUAAAAUCGUACGACCGUUUGUGCAAUAUUCUCCCUAUCUUCUAUAGGAAUGCUUGCAUCGCUUUGGGCCAAUUCUAUAUUCCACUGGUUAUCGACCUCCUAACCGAUAAAGUGACCGCAGAUGUCAUUUGCCAUGGGACUCAUUUGUGUUACGAAGACAUAGGUCAGCCAUAUUGUCAUGCUUUUCCACCAAGGGCUGAUUUCCAGGAGAAAAUUGUUCGUUCAAGAGAAAGAGUAACUGCGAAAUUGUUUCAGGGAAGUGCUAGUAAAUCUAAAAGCCCGGCGGGUUUCGAUCCUUGUGCUCUCGCAGGUGUAAAAGAGCUUUGUAAACUGUUUAAGCGUGUUUUCACUAAUGAUUUGCCACUUUUUGAUUGGGAUAAUGACACUUAUAGUCCAUCAGUCGAGUCAUGGCGAGGAACAUCUUGGAGGGGUCGAGACUGUGAUGAUAGUAAUGCUCUUCAUCAUCCUGGGGCCAAACCAGAGGAUGGCGAUGUAGUUUCUGACUCAAACUGUAAUGGUAUUCAUGGCACAGAUUCUAUUACUGGCAAGUCACUCGAGGACAUGUUCUGCAAAGGUUGGUAGUUUUAUAGCUACUUACAUGAACACAGGGCCGCUUUUUGUGGCCUAUGGUAUAAAAGGUCUGUAGUAAUGAAAGUCUGCAGUUUGCGAGGUGAUAAUCUCUAAUCAGUGGCAAUAUUUGACUUCCUCACUGCAUCUAUUAAUUUCUGAACAGAAAAUGUUGAGCCAUAAAAUACUUGCUAUAUUCCUUGGGUGAAAUACCAGAAUAUGCACAACCCAUAUAGUCCUGAUCUUAGCAGUUAUUGAAUUUGUGUCACUUUCUGUUUUGCUUCUUGUACCCAUGUGAAUCCUAGCCUGCGUAGUUGCAAGAUUGUUAUGGCUGGGGUACACACGAAGGGAGCGGUAAGGGAAAAUCCCACCUGCCACAUUUCUCGUAGGUUUUGAAUGCUGCCCACUUUUGUCACCUUGGCUGAAACUAUAAAAUUAGCCAAUCAGGGAGAGCAGGGUAGUACAAAAAUGAAAGUGGGCAAUGUAUACAUGUACAAAAGGUGAGAAUGCAACAUCCGGCAAACAAGCUGUUAAGCACAGGAAGACAAAACAUAGAAAGGAAUGGUCACAUUCACAGACAAAACAGCUACUGUACAUGUAGCAAGUUAUUCAGCUUCCUGACACUUUGGAGAAGACAAAUGAAACUAAAACCAAAUAGGCCAUUUAAGUGGUCAUUUAAAUCCUAAACUGCUUCAGAAUUCAAAUUCUGUCUGAAACAGAAACCACAGGAAACCAGUAUACACAGGAAACAAAUCAGAAUCCUCCACAGCCUAAUCCACAGGUCUGCUUUUCUUAGGUGCAAGUUUUCUAUACAUCUUAAAUAGCUCUCUUGAGGACAGAGGUUGAGCAUGGAUGGAUUGUACUGCUUGAGAGGGGGCAAUACUGUUUGAUGCUCAUUACAUCUGUGUUGUAGUCUUGAAAGCCAAUUUCCUGUCGGAAAAAAUUACUAUUGUUAGUGUUUUUGAAUAAAGGAUAGCGGACUAAGCUUUGUCUCAAAUUUUAAGGUGUUUUUCCCUCAAAAAUGUCUUAAGAUGAGUUCAUUCACCUCAAAUUUCAGAUUUUCAUUUUGCAAACUACAGAUAUUAAUUACAUUUCAUUUUGCAUGAGGUUUUUGUUAUAUAAUUACUGUGUGGCCUAUUGAAUAUAACCCUUUUAAUACUCUAGCUGCCAACAGGCUGGCCUUCAAGUCUGGGUUUGAACUACCAAUGUUUACUUGUGUAGUUCUUAUAUCUUUUCAGAUACAGGAUAUCUUGGUGUGAUUGUUCUUGGUGAUUCAGCGGCAGCGCAUUUUCAUAUUCCACCUGAGUGGCUAACAGCACGCUUGAUUUCAGAUAAAGUCUUUAAAAAUGUGGCCUUCAUAGUAGAAAAUGAAUUUGACUGGCCUCAGAUGUCUCUUUAUUCUGGCUACUUAAGGAGAUCAAGGUAUACUAUCAGCAACAGUAUUUUUAGUCCAAAGUAGAAAGACAAAGCCUGAGACUUUACCAAGUUUAUAAUAUGCAACUAAUUAAGUUUCUGUUAACUCAUCAACUUGGUCUCGUAUUAUAUAUAAAGUUCAGCACCAAAGAUAUACCUUUUCAGUCCCAUACCCAAAUUUGUAGAAACAAAAAAACAUUUAGCAAUAGAAAGGGAAGUACUUUUACAAAGUGAAAUUUUUAUACUGAAUCAUGACAAUCUGAGUUUGGUUUGAAAGAUUUUUUUUGUUAUUGUUUUGCUUUGUUUUGGUGUUAUUUUAAUGAAAAGAUCUUUUACCUCGAUACAAGUCAGUUGUCAAAGCUGUCAAUCACUUGACAAAAGGCUUGACAGAUGCAUAAUGUUUUUAUGGCUUUGAAAAAGUUGAGAAAACAUACUGUUUUUGCGCUGUAUUCAUAUUAAUUAAAGACGGUGCAUUUACAGCCGCUAUACUGUAAAAGGGAUAAAAAAUUGUAAAGUAAGUAUUUGAGGGAGGUAUGUACCAUUUGUCAAUAGAAGGUAUACGAAAGGGGUACUUUUUCCUCAGAUAGGAGCCUCCCCAUAUAAAAUUUUGUUACCGUAAGUAAACCCCUGCAGUUCAGGUAUGAAUGGGUUAAUACAUGAAUACCGCUAUACUUUACAGGUGGCCAAUGGACAAAGGCCAUGCAAACUCUAUUUAUCUAAAGUUGUGGGAAAGAAACCACUGUAACCAUAGAGACUACCAAAAUCUUGGAAAGAAUGGGGCAGACUCCUUUGAGGCAAACUCUAAGCUGAUCAAGAGCAUGGCACGAGACCAGAAGCUUGACCAACCCGCCCUGGUUUUCUACUCCCUUAUUGGAAAUGAUGUGUGCCAUGGUGGUCAUGAUCUUCAUAGAAUGACAACCCCUGAGGAGAUGCAUAAUAAUGUGAUGGAAACACUUCAAAGUUUGGACAAACGCCUUCCAAAUGGGAGUCAUGUUAUUAUCAUUGGUCUUGUUGAUGGUCGUAUUCUUUAUGAUAGUCUCCAUAAUCGUAUUCACCCCAUUGGCAAACUGCGGGGAGACGUGACCUAUGAACAGUUUUAUAACUUCAUGAACUGUUUACAGAUCUCACCCUGCUUUGGGUACAUGAAUUCUAAUGAGACCAUCAGAAAUGAAACUAGUGAACGUGCUGCUCAGUUGAGUGCAGUAUUAAAGAAUGUGGCUGAGACAACAAAAUUUGAGAAUUUUGAUGUCUAUUUCUUUGAUUGCCCGCUGGAACAAGUUAUCAAGGUAAACAGGCAUAAACAAACUUCUUUUUGUUUUUUUAAAAACACUGCCUUCAAAGUGCCUACUAUAGUGAUGUCGUAGUUUAAUUUUAUCCUUGGUUUAAAUUUAUCAUUCAUUAUUUAUUAAUCCAAUUUAAGGUGUCUUUUUACUUUGCCCUUUGCCAUAUAAUAAAGAUAGCAAGUAUUUGUACAUGCGUGCUGGUGCAAUAUGACCAAUAAUCAUGAUACAUAAAUUUGUAGAAAAUAAAAUUAAAAAAAUGAGUUUACCAUCAUAUGAUCCAUUGAUGACAAUGUAUGCAUUACAGGUCAAAAUUAAAGUCAGGUUAAAAUUUUUAACCUGGGUUAAUUCUCAAUUUCCUUUGUCAGCUCGCAGCCCUAAUUAUUCAUGAAUUAGGACCAGGAGACAUAGGAAAUUGAGAAUCAACAAAUACAUACAAAUAACAUACACUUUUUCUCCCUUGAAGUCUUGACAAACAAUCUUGCUUUAGUUAUCUCAGUAAAUACAUAUUUAUAUAUAAUCUCUGUUAGGAAUGGAAAGCAAAAGGUGGUGAGGUUUAUGAGUUGAUUGAACAAGUUGAUGGAUUCCAUCCAAACCUGAAGGCAGAGGCACUGGCAGCAGAUGCAUUGUGGCAUACACUGGAAUCAAAAAUACCACAUGUGCUUGGCAAGAUCAACCCCUACAAUUUUUUAAUAGAGACAGUUUUCGGUGAUCAAGGAGGUUAUUAA